AUGUCCCUGCAGCAGCGGGACAUGAAGGUGCUGUCCAAGAUUGAGGGUUACCUGUACUACCUUAUGAGUGCCCUGGAGAAGCCUGCGCCGGAGCCCGAGCGCGUCUUCUUCCGCGGCGUGCCGAAGUCAGCGUACGAGGUGGUGCGCAAGAACUACACCAGCGGCCGCCGAGUCCACUGGUCAGGCAUCUCCUCGAUCUCCGAGGACGAGCAGGUCUCGACCACCUUCGCCCAGGCUGAAGGUGCGGUUGAG